CGCGCACACACACACACGCACACGCACACGCACACACACUUCACUUGGUGGUGGAGCAACCGGACAACAAAGGAAGGAACGCACGGAGAGGAGCAGGUGGCUCUCUGCAGCCAAGGCGGGGAUCUGACUACAUCAGCAUCAAAACUCCAAUCAGCUCAAUCUUUUUAUUUUUACUAAAACAUCUGCUGGAAACCACACAUCAGCCCAGGCUGGAGGUGACCGAGGCGCUGAUUGCUCGCGUCGACAGUACAGCCGUACUCGUGAGCCUCGACAUGGAGAUGGAGCAUUUCGACGACCGGGACAAAGGUCAGAGAUUCGGCCGGUCCGGAGCCAAGAUGCUGAACGGGGUUCCGAGUCCCACACACAGCGCUCACUGCAGCCUGUACCGGACUCGGACCCUGAAGACCCUCACCGUGGAGAAGAGAGCCAAAAAAGUGCGUUUCUAUCGCAACGGUGACCGCUACUUCAAUGGGAUCGUGUACGCCAUCUCCGCGGACAGGUUCCGGACUUUUGACGCGCUGCUUGCGGAUCUGACCCGCUCGCUGUCCGACAACGUCAAUUUGCCCCAGGGCGUCCGAACCAUCUAUACCCUGGAUGGCAAGAAAAUCACCAGCAUUGAUCAGCUGCUAGAAGGUGAAAGCUACAUCUGCAGCUCCAUCGAAGCCUACAAAAAGCUAGACUACACAAAGAAUGUGAACCCCAACUGGUCGGUGAACGUCAAGGCGUCUUCUCGUAGCCCUCUCUCCAUGAGCAGCCCAAAGCCUGGGGCCCCAGAGGGCCGCGAAAGCAAGGACUUCAUCCGUCCAAAGCUUGUGACGGUGGUGCGGAGUGGAGUUAAGCCUCGGAAAGCUGUGAGGAUCCUGCUGAACAAGAAAACAGCCCAUUCUUACGAGCAGGUCCUGACCGACAUCACCGAAGCCAUCAAGCUCGACUCUGGGGUGGUGAAGAAGAUCUACACGGUGGAGGGCAAACAGGUGACGUGUUUACAGGACUUCUUCGGAGACGAGGACAUUUUUGUGGCCUGCGGGCCAGAGAAGUUCCGCUACCAUGACGACCUGAUGCUGGAUGAAAGCGAGUGCCGUAUGAUGAAGGCAGUGACCUAUGGCAAGAUAUCAGGCUCUGCCAACCGAUUCCCUCUCAAGACUGUCAUCCAAUCACGUCGCAGCAAGUCGCCCGCAUCUGUGAACGGGACGCCGGCCAGUCAGCUGUCCACUCCUCACUCUCCCAGCCCCUCCCCGACCGGCCCAGGCAGCCUCAGCCGACGCCGGGGAUCAAAGGGUUCUUCCACCUCUCUGUCUUCCACUCAGGUUCCCAGUCCAGUGGACGAUAACGAUGUAGUCAUUCCAGAAGCUGAGAUUCUCGUUGAUGCGGUUCCAGCCGUGCCAUCCUGCAUAUCAGACCACUACAAGGUGGGGCGGAUGUUGGGUGAUGGGAACUUUGCAGUGGUUCGGGAAUGUAUGGAGCUCUCCACGGGACGGGAGUACGCUCUGAAGAUCAUCAACAAAGGCAAAUGCAGAGGAAAGGAACACAUGAUCCAGAAUGAGGUGGCCAUCCUCCGGAGGGUCAAACAUCCAAAUAUUGUUUUGCUCAUCGAGGAGGUGGACACUUACAACGAACUCUACCUGGUCAUGGAACUGGUCAAGGGAGGAGAUUUGUUCGACGCCAUCACCUCUGCCAACAGAUACACCGAGAGAGAUGCCAGCGGCAUGCUCUACAACCUGGUUAAUGCCAUCAAAUACCUCCACAGCCUCAACAUUGUGCACAGAGACAUCAAACCAGAAAACCUGCUGGUGUACGAACAUGCAGAUGGCAGCAAAAGUCUGAAGCUGGGAGACUUUGGUUUGGCGACAGUGGUGGACGGACCCCUUUACACUGUCUGCGGGACCCCAACAUAUGUAGCACCUGAAAUCAUUGCAGAAACAGGAUACGGCCUUAAGGUGGACAUCUGGGCUGCUGGAGUCAUCACCUACAUCCUGCUGUGUGGUUUCCCUCCUUUUCGAGGGAGCAGCGAGGAUCAAGAAGCACUUUUUGACCAGAUCCUUAUGGGACAGCUAGAAUUUCCUCUACCAUACUGGGACAAUGUGUCAGAAGCAGCCAAGGACCUGAUCCGAUCCAUGCUGGAAGUGGAGGUGGAUCAGAGGUAUACUGCCCUCCAGGUGUUGGAGCACCCCUGGGUGACUAAUGAAGGUCUAUGUGAGAAUGAGCACCAGCUGUUAGUAGCCGGAAAGAUAAAGAAACACUUCAACACCGGGCCAAAAGUCAACGAAACCACCGCGGGCGUGUCGGUCAUCUCUCUGGAUGACAGCUUUUCUAUGCAGAGAUCUGGGUCGUUGGAUUUCUACCAGCACCCGGCCAUGUACUGGAUAAGGCCACCCCUCUUGAUAAGGAGGGGCAGGUUCUCAGACGAGGACGCCACCCGGAUGUAAAGUUGUCAUCUUUUCAGACUAUCCAGACUGUGAAUUCAGAAAUGACAACCAACGUGCAGUGGGCGGAGCCUCCUCGUUGCCUCCCUGGCCUGCCCUUCCCUCUCAGACCCCUGACACAUGCUCCAACCCCUCCCCAGAUCCAAGCCCCUCAUCACACUCUGAUGAUAUCUCCAUCAGCUCAGCCAGCACCCUCUGCCCCCCCAGCUCCCCCGUCUAGGGUGGGUUUAGAAUCAUUGUCCAGUUCCCC